CCGAUUAAUAGUGUGUGGUGUCCAGUCUCCCAUGUAAUCCCAUUCCGGACUCGAGCAGGAGCAGCAGCAGCCGUUGUCCCUUCAUUUCUUCAAAUCCAUGGCGUCUUCCAUUCCAAUCCAAACCCAAAACCCUGUCCUUGGCCGCCCCUCCUUCCUGCGCAAAAACCGCAAUUCCUCAAUCCCCAGCAGGCCCAUCACCACCACGAUUACACCCUCCGCCAAGCUCCAGCUCUCCGAGAUCCUGGGCGGCCGCGGCCUCUGCAACGGCGAACAGGGCCUCCAGAAGGAGCUCAACCAGAGCCUUGCGCCAUCUCCGACCACCCCUCAGCCCCGAUCCGGCGGAUCCCCUUCCUCGUCACCGUGGGGCUUCGGCGACGACGCCUUCGAGAAGGAGCUGCUCGGCCUCACCGGCGGCUUCCCCGGCGGCGAGAAGGGCCUCAAGAAGUUCAUCGAGGAGAACCCACCCAUCGCCGGCAGGGAGGAGGCGGGGAUUGUGUUCUCCGGCUCGAAGCCGAAGCCGCCGGAGCUGCCGCUCUUGCUGCCAGGGAUGAUCGUGAUCGUGAAGAACCCCAAGAACCCGUUGUACAUGUUCUGCGGCAUCGUCCAGAGGGUCACGGAUGGGAAGGUUGGGGUCUUAUUCGAGGGCGGCAAUUGGGACAAGCUCGUCACUUUCCGGCUGGACGAGCUCGAGCGCAGGGACAAGGGACCUCCCAUGGUCAAUCCCAAGUCCGCCGUCCUGGAAGCCAUUGUUCAGAAGUCGGUCUGACAGGGUAAGCUCGUAGCAUUUCAUAAUGACCAAAAAAAAGAUACCAUAUUGUAGAGAAUUUGACAAUCUGGUUAAUUAUGCAUGAAGACUAUAUAAAAACAAUAAAUCCAAAUAUUUGGUCUGAAGCUUGCACUGAAUUUUAAGUUUGGAUCGGACCUUGAGUCUGUCAACGACAGGGAAUCUUGUUGGUAAAAUUAGUGUAUAUAUGGACAGGACCUUGAGUAUGUGAGAGAUAUUUUAUAUGCCAGAACCUUAUAAACUUUGUUUAUUUUAUAUGCCAGAACCUUAUAAACUUUGUUAAAUUUUAUCAAUACCAUCCCAGUUCUUUUGUGCUUCA